GGAAAGGCACCGACUGACUGCUGCCCCACUCCAUGAAGUUCCAGCAGUGCCCGGCCUCAUCAAUAACAAGAACUUGGCCAGUUUUAGGGACAGGAGGACCAUGGCUGCUGUGGCAGUGCUAAGGAACGACCCUCUCCAGGCAUUCCUACAGGACAGGACUCCCAGUGCCUCGCCAGAAGUGGGAAAACACUCUCCGUUAGCCCUUUUAGCUGCUACUUGCAGUAGAAUCGGGCAGCCCACCGCAGGACCACCAGAGUUUCUUCAGGUUCCAUAUGACCCUACCCUUGGAUCACCGUCAAGGAUUUUCCAUCCAUGGACAACUGAGAUAUCCACGCAGUCUCCUAGUGUCAUUCAGUCUCACAAUACCCUUGGACUUGGUACCACAAAAAAUCCGAUCUCACCUCACAUGCAGCCUUCCUUUGUUACUCAUGAACUACCCUUGACCCCUCCAGCGGAUCCUAACUACCCAUAUGAAUUUCCCCCUGUUAAAAUGUUACCCUCUCCGAUCGCUGCUUUCCAGAGUUCUAACUGCCAGACAGCCUAUGUUUCUGCUGUCCCGUAUGCUUCGGGGGCCCCAAUUGCUUCUGCUAUCCAUAGCUUUGUACCAGGCCACUCAAAUCUGAUACAUCAGCAACCAAGGCAAUUAUCUCCCCAUCCCGCAGAAGACAUCCCAUGGUGGAGCAUUUCACAAGCCACACAAGUGUCCCAUCAUUCCCCAAUUGCACAUCCUCACAGGUUUCCUAUCCAGAGAGGUUUGGUCCUUGGACAUUCUGACUUUGCACAGUAUCAGACUCAAAUUGCAGCUCUUCUGCAAACCAAAUCCCCUCUUGCCACAGCCAGGAGAUGUCGAAGAUGUAGGUGUCCCAAUUGUCAGUCAUCUAGUGGUCCGGAUGAGCCUGGUAAGAAAAAGCAACACAUCUGCCACAUCCCCGGAUGUGGAAAGGUAUAUGGCAAAACCUCACACCUUAAGGCCCACUUAAGGUGGCAUUCUGGUGAAAGACCUUUUAUCUGCAACUGGAUAUUCUGCGGCAAAAGCUUCACCAGAUCAGAUGAACUACAAAGACACUUAAGGACUCACACUGGUGAAAAGAGGUUUGUCUGUUCGGAAUGUGGAAAAAGAUUCAUGAGGAGUGACCAUCUGGCUAAACACGUUAAAACGCAUCAAAAUAAAAAGAUGAAAGGGGUUGAGAGGACAGUUAAACAGGAGCCAAACAUGGACCAUUAGAGGGAAGCUUGAUCUAUCCUUCCAUAGUGCAAUACAGUGGAAUACACCUUUUUAACCCGGCACUGCCUAUACGCAGCUCACAUGGAACGUUAAAACUUUGAAAGUAAAAAAAAAGCACAAAUGUGUUGCCAAUCUCUGACUACAUUUACUUAGUUGGGUUUUUUUGCCUUUGGGAUCUCUGUGGUUGAAUUAUGGAUUUUUUUUACAAUACCAUUAGAUUUUAUGUAAAUGAACAUAUUGAUUGUGGCAUCCCAAUAACCCCUUAUCCAAAAGGCUCCCCCCCCCCAAAGUCUAACUGUUCCAUGAAAACUAUCUACUGGCAAUUGUUAAACUUCUAGUUUUGUCCGUUCAUUUCAGCAUGCAUCGUUGAUUGUGUAAAUGGGACAUAAAAAGGUUUCACUAUCAAAUAAACAAUGGAGUCGUUUGUUCAGAGGGUCA